GGUCUUAAUGACAAGAUUAUCUCUGCCUGUGAAAAUUUGAACUGGCGAGUGCCAACAGAAAUUCAGGCAGCGGUUAUUCCUCACGCUCUAGCAGGAAGAAAUUUGAUCGGCCUAGCGGAAACUGGCUCAGGCAAAACGGCAGCCUAUGCGCUCCCAAUUUUACAGUCACUAAUAAACGAUCCCAAGAAUUAUUUUGCACUUGUUAUGGCACCAACUCGUGAACUCGCAGCACAAGUACAGGCACAGUUUGCAGCCCUAGGCAAACUCAUUGGUCUUCGAACGUCCCUCCUUGUGGGUGGAUCACCAAUUGUUGAACAAGCUAAUCAACUCAAUAUGAAACCGCCGCACAUUAUAAUCGCCACCCCUGGACGUUUUGUUGACCACUUAAAACGCACAAAGGGCUUCGAUGAGAUGAAAUUGCAAAAUCUAAAAUUCUUGGUCAUUGAUGAGGCCGACCGCAUGCUUGGUUCUGAUUUCGACUCUGUACUCGAAAAGGUCCUCGUCGUACUGCCUACGAAGCGCCAGACAUUCCUGUUUUCGGCAACGAUGACCGAAAAGGUGGGCAAACUUCAACGGGCUUCUCUGCGUGAUCCCGUAAAGAUCUCCACUCGAAAGAGCAAAUUUCAGUCAGUCGCGGGUCUCCGGCAAUAUGUACAGUUAGUGCCCCAGUCGGACCUUGACGCCUACCUGGUCUUCCUUCUACGAAUUGCCUUCUGUAUCACACCGCCCAUCGAAGGUCUCGAGACUCUGCGGCUCUCAGAGCUUCCUGACCAAAGCCAAGAAGACCCCGAAUCUCGGUAA